AAGAAGUUAGAAGUUAGGAGUCAGUGUGAAAUGGAGCUUGCAUCUGUGAAGAGUGAAUUCAACCCAAGAUGUAAUAGGUUACACGUUAUGGUGGAUGGCAGCGAGGCUAAUGCUUCUAAGGGCAUCAAAAGGCGACGAAGAGAUUCGUCUUUGCCUCUGCCUCUAACGGUGUUAGGGGGCAAUGAACAACAAGGUGAACAGCCGGAAGCCCAACAGACACCACAGAGUGGCCAAUCGACCCCCAGCACCGUGAAGAGAAGCUCAAGGUUCAGAGGAGUUAGCAGACACAGAUGGACUGGAAGGUAUGAAGCACAUCUAUGGGAUAAAGGGACAUGGAAUCCAACUCAGAAAAAGAAAGGAAAGCAAGUGUAUUUGGGAGCUUAUAAUGAUGAAGAAGCUGCUGCUAGAGCUUAUGAUUUGGCUGCACUUAAGUAUUGGGGAACAUCAACGUUCACCAAUUUUCCAGUAUCAGAUUAUGAGAAAGAAAUUGAGAUAAUGAAAACUGUAACCAAAGAAGAAUACCUUGCUUCAUUGAGAAGAAGAAGCAGUGGAUUUUCUAGAGGUGUAUCAAAGUAUAGAGGAGUAGCAAGGCACCAUCACAAUGGAAGAUGGGAAGCAAGGAUUGGAAGAGUGUUCGGCAACAAGUACCUUUACCUUGGAACUUACAGUACACAAGAAGAGGCAGCUCGCGCAUAUGAUAUUGCUGCAAUUGAAUACAGAGGCAUAAAUGCUGUGACAAACUUUGACUUGAGCACUUACAUCAGAUGGCUAAGACCAGGAGGAGUACACUCUACCACCUCUCAAGAUCAAAAGCCGAGCACAGACCCUCAGAUAUUUACAACCUCUAACCCCAUCCUAGCCACAGGAGCCACCGAGCUAUCAAACUUCAACUUCCAUCCAGUCCCUGCAAGCGAAUUGGACAUCACCAAGAAGAAAGAGUUUUCCAAGUUUGCGGCACCUUUAAGUCCAUGCUAUAAGUCACCUUCAUCUUCCCCAACAGCAUUAGGACUUCUCCUAAAAUCCUCAAUGUUUAGAGAACUGAUGCAGAGAAACCUGAAUUCUGCAGAUGAAGAAGCUGAAGAAGUUGAAUUGAAAUAUCCACAAGAGGGCAGUGAUGGGAUUGGAGGGAUUCUUAAUAAAAAUGACACUAACAGUAUAUCUUACUUUGGUUCUUCUUCCAAUAUCAACAGAUUACCUAACUUAGUGUCUAGAGAAAGCAGCAAAAUGCCAAUGUAUCACAGAACUGUUAUGCCAUCGCUGUGGAAUGGUGCUUUCAACAUUUCUGACUGAUUAUUUUUGUUAUCUUUUUUAUUAGCAGCUAAGAAACAGUUAAGAAAAAAAUAUACUUUCUCAACAUAACUGUAGAUGUCAAAUAAAUUGCUAAGAUGUGCACAGUGACAUUGUGACCUAGUCUUAGUCUGCUUAUAAAUCAACAUUGUCAAACAAAAGAUACUUUAAUGUUUAUGAGUUGCAUUUCUGAUUUCUUAUUUAGCACAGCAAGUUUCAAUUCAUGGUAAAUUAAAGAUAAAUGAGAAAAAUCCAAAUCAGCCCCUAACAAUUACCUCGAAAGACAACGAGGCCCCUG